UCUCCACCACCUCGGCCUUUCAGCGGCCGUCCAUUUCCGGUGGGGGUGCCGCGCCCAGUGAGGGCCCGGAAGUGGGUCGCGCGAAGAUUGCUGGGCGGUUCUUGCCGGAAGUGAAGAGCGGCUGUUCGCAGUCGGGAGCAGGUGGUACACAAUGGCUGACAUGCAAAAUCUGGUAGAAAGACUGGAGAGGGCAGUGGGCCGCCUGGAGGCUGUAUCCCAUGGCUCUGAUGUGCACUGUGGGUAUGGAGACAGUGCUCCCAAAGCAGGAGCAGCUCCAUAUGUGCAAGCAUUCGACUCACUGCUUGCUGGUCCUGUGGCAGAGUACCUGAAGAUCAGUAAAGAGAUUGGGGGAGAUGUGCAGAAACAUGCGGAGAUGGUCCACACAGGUCUGAAGUUGGAGCGAGCUCUCUUGGUUACAGCCUCUCAGUGUCAGCAGCCAGCAGGCAAUAAGCUUUCCGAUUUGUUGGCACCCAUCUCAGAGCAGAUCCAGGAAGUGAUAACCUUCCGGGAGAAGAACCGAGGCAGCAAGUUGUUCAAUCACUUAUCAGCUGUCAGCGAAAGUAUCCAGGCCCUGGGUUGGGUGGCUAUGGCUCCCAAGCCUGGUCCCUAUGUGAAAGAAAUGAAUGAUGCUGCCAUGUUUUAUACAAACCGAGUCCUCAAGGAGUACAAAGAUGUCGAUAAGAAGCAUGUGGAUUGGGUCAAAGCUUACUUGAGUAUAUGGACAGAGCUACAGGCUUACAUUAAGGAGUUCCAUACCACUGGACUGGCCUGGAGCAAAACGGGGCCUGUGGCAAAAGAACUGAGUGGAUUGCCAUCUGGACCCUCUGCCGGAUCGGGUCCCCCUCCUCCCCCACCAGGCCCGCCUCCCCCACCAGUCCCCGUCAGUUCAGGCUCAGAUGAGUCUGCUUCCCGAUCAGCACUGUUUGCGCAGAUUAAUCAGGGGGAGAGCAUCACACGUGCCCUGAAACAUGUGUCUGACGACAUGAAGACUCACAGGAAUCCUGCCCUGAAGGCUCAGAGCGGUCCGGUACGAAGUGGCCCCAAACCGUUCUCUGCACCUAAACCAGGAGUCAGCCCAUCCUCCAAACCAACCACAAAGAAGGAGCCAGCUGUACUGGAACUGGAGGGCAAGAAGUGGAGAGUGGAAAAUCAGGAGAACAUUCCCAACCUGGUGAUUGAUGACACAGAGCUGAAACAGGUGGCUUACAUAUACAAGUGUGUCAACACGACAUUGCAAAUCAAGGGCAAAAUAAACUCCAUUACAGUAGAUAACUGUAAGAAACUCGGUCUGGUGUUCGAUGAUGUGGUGGGCAUUGUGGAGAUAAUCAACAGCAGGGAUGUCAAAGUUCAGGUAAUGGGUAAAGUGCCAACCAUUUCCAUCAACAAAACAGAUGGCUGCCAUGUCUACCUGAGCAAGAAUUCCUUGGAUUGCGAGAUAGUCAGUGCCAAAUCUUCUGAGAUGAAUGUCCUCAUUCCUACAGAAGGCGGUGACUUUAAUGAAUUCCCAGUCCCUGAGCAGUUCAAGACCCUAUGGAAUGGGCAGAAAUUGGUCACCACAGUGACAGAAAUUGCUGGAUAAGCGAAGUGCCACCGGGUUCUUUGCCCUCUCCCUCACACCAUGGGAUAAAUCUGUAUCAAGACGGUUCUUUUCUAGGUUUCCUCUACCUUUCUGCUCUUCAACUGCUUCUCUGCUUUGAGAAGCACAGCUACCUGCCUUCACUGAAAUAUACCUCAGGCUGAGAUUUGGGGCGGGAGAGCAGGUCAGUUCAUCUUCUGCAGGAAGGUGCGGCUUUUCUCUAUCGGCUCAACCACACCACCAGUCCCUCCUUAAGGAACCGCACACCAGCACUGGUGUGUCUAAGCUUUCAGCCUUUGCAGGCUAUUUGACCAACAGUCUUUGGGAAGACUAAAGCAGUCCCCGGGGAUUAACAGAUCAGAAUGUUCACACAGGUUCACCUUUUUCUAACAAUGAGCGUGAAGGUAGCAGAGGCAGGUGUGAUUCUAGCGGGUUCUUCUAACCGAACUAAUUUUUCACUAUUGACAAGUGAGGCAGGGGUUGUACCUGACCAAAGGCUGAAGCUGGCCAGCUAGCAUUCCAAGCAGAAUUGUUUCCCAUAAGCAUUCCUUUCAUUCUGCAUUCCAUCCUGGCUCUGCCUGAACCUGGGAGAGUAGGUUCUUCCAUGUCAGCCGCUGUGGCAGUGCCCUGUACCCAGGCCAGUUAAGGGAGUCUUGGCCCCUUCCUUUCACUGGGAUCCCUGCCCAGCACCUUCCUACAGAGAUGACUUAAACAAGAAAAAAAACAAAAAAAAAACCGGAAAACACACCAUUCCAAGGGAUCUGGAAUUCCUUCCUCCUUCCAUGCUGGGUGCCUGUCCUCCACCUUCACUGCCUCCUUUGCCCUGUCAUGCUCAACUGCUUUUGGCUUCUGUCCAGGCACCUGAACAAAGGACUAAAAUCUCCACUGCAGCCUGGUUUUAGGUCUUAUGUAAGAAUCUUGCACAGCACUGCUAAUGUAAAUUACAGUUUUUCUCUCUAGGACACUUACCAAAAUAAUGCAACUUUUUUGGUGGGAAGAGAGAUUGUCCUGUGACUUCUACCCAUUUCCUGAGGCCUGUGGAAAUAAACCUUUAUGUACUUAAAGUUAUACAGAAAAUAGAAUAAAAUUAAUACCAAACUUG